GAGGAGGUAAAGGAGGAAAAGGAAGAAGAAAAGAAGGAGGAGGAGGAGAAGCCCGCCCAGCCGGAAUAUCUGGCCAAGAAUCCGGCCCUGAGCCAGUUCUUCGACCGUCUGCCUUCCAUCCUCUCGGCCACCAGCUACAAUGAGAUGUGGGGGGUCUCCCUCAAGGACUCCAGCGAUGUCCCCACCGUCAACGUGCUCAUCAAGUUCCUGCGCGCCAACGAGGGCAACGUCAAGCUGGCUGAGGAGCAGCUGACCAAGGCCCUGCAGUGGCGCAAGGAGAUGAACCCCAUCGCCCUGGCCGACGGCCACUACAGCGCCGAGAAGUUCGGGGGCCUGGGCUACGUGACCAAGUACCCCGAGGCGAAUGGCAAGGAGGUCAUCACGACCUGGAACAUCUACGGCAGCGUCAAGAACGUGGAGGCCACCUUUGGCGACUCGGAUGAGUUCAUCAAGUGGCGUGUCGCGCUGAUGGAGCUGGCGAUCAAGGACCUGAAGCUCGGCGAGGCGACCGUCGUCAUCGACUACGACGGCGAGGACCCCUAUCAGAUGCUGCAGGUCCACGACUACCUGAACGUCAGCUUCCUGCGCCUGAACCCCACCAUCCGCGCCGCCACCAAGAAGACCAUCGAGGUCUUCGCCACCGCCUACCCGGAGCUGCUGCGCGAGAAGUUCUUCGUCAACGUCCCCACCAUCAUGGGCUGGAUGUUCGCCGCCAUGAAGGUCUUCCUCAGCAAGAACACCACCCGCAAGUUCCACCCCAUCUCCAACGGCGCCAACCUGGCCCGCGAGUUCCCGUCGUUCAAGGACCAGUUCCCCAAGCCUUACGGCGGUAACGGUCCCGCCCUGCAGGACGGCGCCUGGACCGUCAAGCUUGACCAGGCGGAGCCCGCUGCCCCGGCUGAGGCUGAG